AUGGCACAGGAUGUGGACCAUUCGCUUCUCCAGUCUCCAGAUUCCCAACCUUCUUUAGAUAAUCGUCCGUCGGAGGCCCCGUCUCCUGCAAAAUGGACCUCGGAACAGUCCGCCCUCGCUCUGAACGAGCAGCACGGCGAUCGCCUGCCCACGGAGCCUUUUCCAAAUGGUACGAUGGACCAGCUUUCUAGCAUGUCGCAAAUUCCGGAGGAAUCGGAGAUGGAAAACGGGGUGCUUCAUACGCAACAACAGCAACCACAGCAACAGAAAACGUCAAGGACCCUUCCCGGUAGGUCAAUCCAUUUGAGAAAGGACCCCUCUCUGCACGAAGCGCCUACUGAUGCCGAUGCCCCUGCAGCUUGGAUUCGGUCUGUCGAGUACCCGGAAGAUGAAACAGAUGCUUCUGUCACGUCGCGUUUACUGCCUUCGAGUCCCCAUGAAGCCGUCGUUGCCCAGCACAAUCAUUCGCCUCAUGCGACUCGACGGCCAGACCCUCCAUACGCAGAUCGAGGCAAUUUAGAGGAUGGGCGUGCAAUAUUUCCUCGUCGCGAAUCGCGUUGGAUGAAUUUUUCGAAAGCAAUAGCUUAUCCCCGCGAUCCCGGGGUGGAAGAAAAGACCGUGACGCCAGAAUGGCUGAAUGAAAACCACGGCGAUUACUCUCAGCCCUGGCGCGGACAGCGCGAUUCAUGGGACUGUGAAGAUACUGAAGAUCCGUUGAGGAAGAAGCGGCGCAGAGAAAUCUGGUUCAAGCGCUUCCACCACACGCUUCUGAAGAGCCCGAUCGUCCCGCUCAUCUUCCGGCUCACCGUGUGGUGUUUCUCCCUCACUGCUCUGGCCCUCGGCGGCUCGAUCCAGCAUUUGUCCCAGGAAUACGUCCAUCCCCAGGGCCCUUCCGCGUUGAUGGCCAUCAUCGUCGACGCGGUCGCUCUGGUCUACCUCAUCUACAUCACAUGGGACGAGUAUACGGCUAAACCACUAGGUCUGCGUUCCCCCUCGGCCAAGGCACGACUUGUUCUCUUGGAUAUCUUCUUCAUCGUCUUCGAUUCGGCCAAUUUAAGCUUGGCGUUCGAGUCCUUGUCGACCAUCAGUGGCGCCUGUACGAUGGGAGAGAUCAACCAAGAGAUCACUCCCAAGAAUGAUCUGAUAUGCGACCGACAGAUAGCCCUCGCAUGUGUCUUGUUGAUUGCUUUAUUGGCAUGGCUUACAACAUUUGCUAUCAGCGUCCUCAGGUAG